AUGCCUCGUCGAAAUCCAGUUAUCAGUACCUCCAUGACAACCUCUGGGACUCAAGAUAAUUCUCAUCUCAAGAUCACUUCUGCAGAUGUUAGUGGCCCUUUUUAUUCCAUUUCUGACGUACUCAGUGACUCUCCAACUACUUCUGCUGCUGCUUCAGCGGCCAUAGCAGGCAAUGGCAGUGUUCCUUUUGAUACAAGAUCAUCUUCUGUCCGUGGUGCCCAGCGAAACGUAUUCGAACAAGAAGUAGUAGUAUCAUCGGGUGGUUCCAACAUGAAAGGUGUUCGUAGAAGAUCAAGGAUGUUACCGCCAAAAGAUCCUGUGGAAGAAAAAAAACACUUACAACAACAUGAUGCCAUGAUGAAAAAAGCACUUCAAUUAGAGGCGAAGAAACAAAAGGAACAUGAUAAAAAGAAAGAGGAAAUAGAUAAAAAGCUGACACAUGCCAUACACGUAUGGGAAAAAACCAUCAUACCCCAAUGGAAUAGAAAAGUCAAGGAAAAGAAAGUGCAUGAAUUAUGGCUACAAGGUAUUCCUCCAAGAUGUCGAAGACAAGUUUGGAUAUUGGCUAUUGGUAACGGAUUACAUCUUACUAAAGAUACUUUUUCUACGUGUAUACGUCGACUACCUGUUAUCAACAAAAAUGGAAAAGAAAAGAAUGAAAUUCAAGAAUCACCUGCAUCCAUCCGACGAAAAAUCAUGGAGAACGAAGCAUUACAGCAUUCUCACAACGAUGAUCUAGUAUACGACCAUUAUCAAACGACGGAAGGAAAUGCUUCAUUUUAUCAACUACGCCAUGGCAAACGAACUAGUAGCCUCAAUGUCUUGAAUGAUCAGGAUGAAGAUAAUGGUGGUGAUGAUGACUCUUCGAUACGCCACUCUCUUUCUUCUACUCAGAGCAUUGGAUUUGAUGAUGUAAAUGACGAUACUCAUCCACAACAAGAUCAUCAUCAAAAUGGACAGCGUAGAUACUUAGGUGGUACUGACAAUGAUCUAGUGAAUGAUAUAGAGGAUGAGCGGUCAAGCGUUGGAACGAAAGAAUCUAUGGCAAUUGGGGAUGACGUGGAUGAUGAUGAUGAUGAGGAUAUGAACAGUGAUACAAAUGAUCAAAUUCCUGCAAACAAUAAUGACGGUGACAAUGAUGAUAUGAAUGGGUCUAUCGCUCACGAUCCGACUAUGAUUGCAUUUCUACGUAAGGCAGUGGAUGAAGACAUACUACGUACUCUCCCAAGUUUAUGUGUUUUCCAGGUAAUAAAACAUUGA